CGUCUCCUUUGUCUCCUUCUUCCAUCAGGUUUUGCAAAUCCUAUAAAUUCCUCGUUCAAGUCUUCUUCUCAAAUGCACCGACAUGCAGUCUCUGCCCCUACGCUUGGGGACUCCUCCUCUUACGAAUAUCGACAUGGAGCCGCAAAUCCAAACCAUUCAUUGAUAUUCCGUGCAAUAGGCGAGACUAUGGAUAACAGAUGGUCUCAUGGCCUUCUUCCAGCGGAUUUCCUCCGGACAUUCCUCCCCAAAGAGCGGGAAGGAAUGCCACCGUUCACGGAGGCACGCAAGGAUAGAAUAAAGAAUGUAUUCACUGAGAAUAAAUCUGAGAGGCAGAGGUAUAACCCUUUGAUUUUGGCGCUGGAAGACUACUGCCCAAAUCUCCAGCUCACCAACACCGACUAUCAUCCAGAGACGAUCAAAUGGGACCACCACUCAGUCGGUUUGGACCCCGACAUCACUGGUUACGACAAGCAGAAUUUACCUCCGAAAGGGACCGUGACAAGUAUGGCCCUGGCAGAGGUCAUCAUCGAACUCAAAACCAAGCAGUUUCAUGAUCCCUGUAUCAAAGACCUCGCUGCUACAGUCUCUUCACUGCAUUACUCCGACCACGAUACCCAAGAAGCGGUCAAGACUCGCGACCAGAUAUCCACCUACGCCGGCGCUGUCAUGUCGUCACAGUUUCGAACACACUUUUUCUCAGUAAUCAUAAUGGGAGAAUAUGCUAGGCUUAUCCGGUGGGACAGAGCAGGGGCUACGAUUACCCAGAGAUUCCAUGUAUGGGACGAGCCUCACCUCGUCCAGUUCCUUUGGCGUUAUGACUCGGCUGACCGUGAAGCUCGUGGUCAUGACCCGUGUGUCGAACGGCUGAAAGAGUCUCAGCCUGGCCAGAGGACGCGUAUCAACAAAGUACGGAGUAUUCUGCAUAUGAGUUAUCCAGAGCCGGUUUAUCAGUUCAAGAUCAACGACGAGAAUCAGGAAGGGAAAGUGCACAUCUUCCUUGGGGGCAAGAUCGUGAACCAGACUCCUCCCACUCCCCGUGGACGUUGUACUCGUGGGUUCCUUGUAACCACUCCGGAAGCAGCCGAUGGCUGCCUGUCUGCCUCGACGUCGGAUGGACACCCCGUCUACUAUUUGAAAUCAACAUGGCGGAUAUUCACAAACUUGUUGGAGACCGAGGGUCGUACCUAUAAAAAGCUCCAAGCUGCCAGGGUACCCUACAUUCCUACUCUUAUCGCAUCGGGUGAUGCGCGAGGAAACUGGCAGGAAACAUUCACCGACCCAAAAUGGUUCAAGGAAUACCCACCAGUGCGCCAACACCAUAACUAUUACGCCGUCUUCAAGGAGGUUGGGUCUUCCCUACUCAAGUUCAAGUCUCAAGCGGAGUUCCUCAAUGCUAUGAGGGACGCAUUGGAAGCCCAUCGAGUAGCCUACUGUGACGCGCGAAUAUUGCAUCGUGACAUCAGUGCAGGAAACAUUCUCAUCUAUAAAGGCCGCGGUCUUCUUAUCGAUUGGGAGUUCAGCAAACCCGUCACCCUUCAUGGUGAUCCAAUCCCGCGCCAAAGUGAACGAACGGGAACAUGGCAAUUCAUAUCUGCGCGCAUUUUGAUGGCGGGAGGCAAAAUCAUCACGCACACCUUGACUGACGAUCUCGAAUCGUUCUUCCAUGUCCUGUGUUGGGUUGCGCUACAAUGUACUGAGCACGCCUUGUCCACUUCAGCCACGGUCGCAUUCUUGCAGAAUGUUUACGAUUACUCGUUUUGUUCCAAUGGAGACGAUCAAGGCGGUGAAAAUAAGUAUCUCGCCAUCAUCGGAAAGACGCUUUCCACGAAGGUCGAAUUCACCUCUCGUCCACUUGCGCGUUUGGUUGGGGAACUCGAGGCCGCUUUUUGUACAUGGUACCAAAACAACGACCAGAAGGGGGGUUCUGUCACUGAUCCGCGGAGCUGGGGAAAAGAGGAUGUACUUACAUGGUUCAAGGCGAAGGUCAUGCAGGACUCGGAUGUCCUCGAAAAAAUCACAGCCAAUAAUCUCACAGGGGAAUCUCUUGUCGACCUUGACGAGCAUCUUCUUGACUCUAUGGGAAUCACGGAUUCUGGAGUACAAUGGAUAGUCAUAGAUGCUGUUGAACAAUUGAAGAAGACUACUAAUGCUGUCGUUCCGCACGAGCCAGCUAAGCUCGACGACCAUCGUUGGAUGUUGGACAGAUUCUCCCAAUUUACCGGUGCCCUCAAAAUAGUGCCACAGCGAUAUAACCCCCCUGCCUUGACCAGGUCUAGUCUUCAAGAAGCUGUUAGGAACACAGCGCCUGAGAAUGCUCGCAAGGAGAAGAAGAGGAAGAUGCAAGGGGAACUACAGUCUCAGCGAGCAUCCCAGAAAGAUGCUGCUACAGAACUGCCGGGAAUGGUUGUCGGUGAAGAAGCACAAUCGGAACCAGCACAGAAGAAACUACGAAAGGCCAAAGCCCCAGACCAAUCGAGCCGAAUACGCGAAGGGAUUUCUGAAUCGUCAGAUCUAUCUCAGACUGAAGCUGUCGUGCGUCGUAGUGCGAGGAUUCAGCAUCGGAAGAAUCGAUCCGGAUCACCAAGUAGAGGGCGGAGAAGAUCACCGUCCGGCACCUCGCGAUGAUUCAUAACCUGUAUUUUUUCCCUCUAUCUAACCCCAUAUAUUCUUCGUCUAUUCCGUGAUGUAUAUAUAUACCCUGAUACUUUGUAGCAACGCUCAUGCUUUCUCACCUAUCCUCUAGAUGGUAC